AUGGCCACCAUUGACGCUGGCACAAGGCCUAGAGACACCUUACCGCCCAUCAGUCGCCUCGACUUGGACAAAAUCAGUGUUGAAAAGAAUGAUCCUUCCAGAUUUUCACUCAUGAAUGGCCUCAGUAUUUCUACUGCGCCGCUGGUGAGUCCGACGACGGCCAUGUAUCCCGGGCCGCCUCCACCUUACUCUUGCUCGGUGCCAAUGACAGGAUCUACUGCUGGACUCUCUGGAUAUAUUUCUCCUCCUGAAUCUACCACCCGACGCUCGACGCGGGACGAGGGUGUCUCCCCGGCCAUGCCCAAAUCAUUACCUUCCAUCCACGAGGCUCUUGGAGGCGACAAGCCUAUCGCCUUCCCCGGGUCACUGUCGGCCUCGUCACAACUUCAGCCUCUUCAAACCCCCUCUACUAAUGUCGGCCAAACCUAUCCGGAAGGGCCCAAGGGCCCUUUAAACCCAUUUUCCCAACCCCCGGCCGGUCCUCCAGUUCUGAGAGACGUCUUCUCUGCGUCUCAAAGUAAUGGCUCUGCAUCAGCAGAGCAUCAUACUGCGACAGAUCCACGCCAGUCGGUGUCGCACCAUUUCGGCUAUCCCGGCUCUCCACGAUCCAAUCCGGCGUCCAGCUUUCGGUCUUCUUCACUCACCAAUACCUCCUUCAAUAAUCACAACGAUCAUGCCCCCGCCACCUCUCCUCAAACCUUCGAACCUUCCCGGCAAUCACACCCCUACAUGCCUUAUGGCAACAACCCGCCCACAACCGCACCUCCACAACAUGAGCCUUUCCACAAAUUCUCUGCAGUACCCAAACCUCCAGACCAGCGAGCAACAUAUCAGAAGGCUGCAAAUGAGGCCCAAUACAGCGACACUGUGAAGAGGCACUUGGAUGUAUACGAUGCUGAGUUGGGAUUCAACGAAAUCAGUGAGGCUUGUGCCCGUACCCUCGAUUUCUCGCGCACGUGGGCUCUACGCUUCCAUCAAGGCACCCGUGUAGGCUACUUUCACGAAUCACUCCCGGCACUUCCUGAGGUCGAUGACGUUCUCCGGCAGUCGCAUCGUAUCUUGGAGAACGUGACACAUCUACGAGAACUAGUCAUUGCCCAGCAAACUGCCCUGUCCGAACAGCGUGCUCGACAAACAACCCGCAAUCAUCCAGAGGACGAGUAUGCUGUGCAUUCUGAGGAAUACAGGGGGGGAGGUUUCCCUGGCCCGGAGGCUAAGAAACGUCGCGGGAAAGCCGCUCCUCCGGGUCGAUGCCAUAGCUGUAAUCGUGCCGAGACGCCGGAAUGGCGACGAGGUCCCGAUGGUGCUCGCACCUUGUGCAAUGCUUGUGGCCUGCACUAUGCGAAGCUGACGCGGAAAUUGGGUCACAACAAGGCUUCAGCCAUGAGUGGCUCGAAUCUUCGGCCGAAAAAUUCCGAUUCCACUAGGCCAUGA